AUGAGUGAUUUUUCAAGAGAUAUGUCAAAUAAUGAAAAUUCCAAAAAGAUUGCAUUGUAUUCUAUAUUAAUAUACAAAUAUGAUUCAUGUAAUCAACCCAUAUUUUUAACAUCGGCACUAGAUUUAUCUUCAUUUCCUUUUUUUCAUAGAUCAUCAUUAAAAGAACAUAUAUAUUUUCAUUCACGUCUUGUAUGUGGAAGAACACAAAAAGGUACACGUGAAGUUAUAGAACUAGAAUCUGGUAUAGGUCAUUUACAUAUUUAUACAAAUAAAGAAAAUAAUAUUAGUGUCUUAGUACUUUCAACAUCUUCAUAUCCUUUAAGAAUUGCAUUUUCUUUAAUUGAUCUAACACAUAAAUUAUUUGCUCAAAAAUGUAGAGGUAUGUAUGAACAUGUUCAUCAAGAUUUAAAAGAAGGUAUGCUAAUUCACAAUGAACUUAACGAUUUAUUAAAAAAAUAUCAAAAUCCUUCAGAGGCUGAUAAAUUGUCAAGAGUACAAAAAGAUCUAGACGAAGUAAAGGAUGUUAUGUUAAAAAAUAUUGAAGACCUUUUACAAAGAGGAGAAAAGUUAGAUGACCUCAUGAAAAAAAGUCAGGACCUAUCCAAUUCCUCCUACCAAUUUUAUAGACAAGCCAAAAAAAAUAACCAGUGUUGUAGCCUAUACUGA